GUGGAGAAUUUUAGGGAAACAAUCAUCAACAUCCGGUUGGGCUGGGCGUGUAGUGAGCGAUAUACCUUAAUGGUUGAAGAUCUGACAGCUUUUAAAUCCUUAAAGUUGUCCCACUGUCGAAUUUGUUUCGGUUGUGUAUACAAACAGGAAGAGAGGGAGAAUGUCGAAAUCUUUGAAGAAAAUCGUGGAGGAGAGCCGGGAGAAGAACUUGCCUGAGGUGGACAUGUGCGAUCGUGGCAUAUCCAACUUGCUGGACAUACCCGGACUGUUCACCCUGUCUAACAUCACCCAGCUGGUCCUGAGUCACAACAAGCUGACAAACAUUCCCCCAAACGUCGCUGAGCUGAAGAACCUGGAGGUGCUCAAUGUCUUCAACAACCAGAUCGAGGAGCUGCCCACCCAGCUGAGCAGCCUGCAGAAGCUCAAGCACCUCAACCUGGGGUGGGUCCUGCCCUCUGGCUGCCCUGCCCCCCCCUGCCUCAACACCAGCUUCCCCUCUCAUCUCCAUCCUAUAAGCCCCCCUCCCUCCUCAACAGUGUCAUCUCCAAUUUUUCCUUUUCUCUCCACCUUUUUGCACCAUCUAACCCUUUUCCCCCACUUCUCCUCGGCUCCACCCCCCCCCCACCCGUCCCCAUGCCUCUCCUGCCCUCCCCUUCAUCUUGCUUUCCCUCCCUCUCUCUCCCCAGGUAACCUCGACCUCACUGGACCCAAACAGGUCUUCAAGGCAGAAAACAACCCAUGGGUAACCCCCAUUGCCGACCAGUUCCAGCUGGGCGUGUCCCACGUCUUCGAAUACGUCCGAUCAGAGACUUACAAGUACCUCUAUGGGAGGCACAUGCAGGCCAAUCCGGAGCCUCCGAAGAAGAACAACGACAAGUCAAAGAAGAUCAGCCGCAAGCCGCUAGCAGCCAAGAAUAAGUAAA